AAGGGAAAAGGUGAAAGUUGAAGGGUAUGCGGCUUGUCAACAUGGCAUCCAUGAGCGUUAAACAUGGGCUGCUCUCCACCAAAUCCUCCCUUCAUAAUAAGAUAUUACCAUAUUUUAUUUGCAUACAAAGACCGACAGAAGUGAAGUGUUUGAGAGCAUCAACAAACUCAAGUAAUCAACACAACGAAAAAUACUGCAUUGAUCUUGUAAGACCCGGGAACAUUGGCUGUGUAACAAAGAUAUGAACACCUUACAAGAGUUAAGUGUAAACACAUGUGUAACCUCUCUUAUGUAACAUUUUAACUAUGAUUCAUUCCAUGGUCCUGAGGUUCAGUGGUCCGUUUAUUCAGCUGUCCUAUUAUUUGUUAGGUCGCGGGACUAUGACGGAUUUCUGUCUGCACUACUCUUACCUGAAGCCGCGCGCCGAUCCGCCUUGGCCCUGAGGGCUUUUAAUGUAGAACUGGCACAGGCAGGUGAAGGAUUCAGUUUCUCAGAAAACUAUUGGUUUAAUGCGUAUGCAAUUCUGGAGAACAGCAGUGGAAGAAAUAUACAGGGAUGACCCCCCACUCCAACCGAUUAGCACUGAACUAUGGAAGGCUGCCCGUACACAUACGCUGACCAAAAGGUGGUUGUUGAGAAUCAUAUCUGAAAGAGAGAAAGACCUAGAAGACAGGGCUUACAGGAACCUUCAAGAGCUGGAGGCUUACUCUGAGAACACCCAGUCCUCACUGCUUUACCUUCUACUGGAGACCAUAGGGAUAAAAGAUGUACAUGCGGACCAUGCAGCCAGCCACAUUGGCAAGGCACAUGGCAUCGUCACGUGCCUGAGAGCGACACCAUACAACAGCCGCCGGAGAAGGGUCUACCUCCCUAUGGACAUCUGCAUGCUACACGGAGUAUCUCAAGAAGACUUCAUCCGCGGGAGCCGGGAGCAGAAUGUCAGGGAUGUGGUUUAUGACAUCGCCAGUCAAGCUCAUGUGCAUCUACAGCAUGCCAGAUCAUUCAGCAAGAGUGUUCCAGCUGCUGCCUCGGCCGCCUUCCUGCAAACUGUUGUUCUGGAGGACUACCUGCAGCGAGUGAGGAAGGUCGACUUUGACGUGUUCCACCCCAGUCUACAGAAGCGCAACCCCCUGCUUCCCUUACAGCUGUAUUUCAGGUCGUGGAAAGAGACGUACUGAUGUUAAACACAGGCUAUUUUUUUAUAGCAGAUAUUAAAGAAUUCACUCAGUUCAGAUGAAGUCAUAUCAUGGCACUGAUUCAGUGAGCAUAUACUGAAAUAAAUCAUAUUGACCA